AUGGCCGAGUACAAGAAGAUCCCCGGAGAGGACUCACAAUCCAGCGAUAACGACUCUGUUGUCGCUGAACAAUGGACCAAAUACGAUCACCUCCGAAAUUUUGGCGUCAGGACCGUGAUUUUCAUUCUCCUUGUGCAGAUUAUAACGUAUCUCGCGAUUGUUCUGCUCCUAGCAUGGAUCCUCAAAAAUCAAACCUCAUACCACAACUUGGACGGCAACGAUCUAGAGAAUACCGGUAUCAAUCAAGCUCGCACAGAUAUAACAUCUUGCGGAAGUACCCCUGCUGAAGCCAUCGCGGCUCAUUGUUUCUUCGACCUUUUCUCAUUUGGAUGGACCCCACCAGAAUGUACGGACUUGCAACUUUACAAUGAGAGCCUGACGACUUUGAAGUCUCAGCUAGAAGGCUCUCCAGCAUUCUACACCCUUUCCAGUUCCAGCUCCCCGCUUCCACUGGGGUCUUCAAAGUACACUAUGCUGCCUUUUUCCGCAAUAGAAAACUAUGCGCUAGGCACAGCAUCCUCUACAGAUUCUGAGCUCCUCAUGAAUGGCAAAGAGGUGUUCGCAACAUGGGAAUACUAUCUAGUUUCAUGCACAUAUGGAUGGCAAAAGGUGCAAAGAGCAGCGAUGAGAAAUUGGCCAUUGGAGGAGUGGUCUGCGAGCUAUUCAUUAGCAGCACAUUGCGGGCCUGAUUUAUUGACAAGACAAAAGCGAGAAAGUGAGAGUAUCGUGUCACGACAUACACCUUGGUAUCCAAGAUGUGGGUUAGAAGCAAAGGACCUGAGGAGGGAGAUUGCAGAUAUAAUCUAG